AUGAUUAUUAAAAACCCGAAGGCAGAGGACGGUCCUCGAAGGUAUUACCCUGCGUCAGCCGCAACGUCAUUACGUUGUGUAACUUCCGGCAGACGCAAGGUCCGUUCCAUAAACAGUCCGCUGUUCUGGUUAAGAAGGCCAAAUAGCGACGGAGCGGUGAGUUAAAUUCCUUUAAAGUUGAUUAAAUCUGAUUGAAGCGAUAAUUCCUGGUAAAUCCGAUCUUUGAAACGCUGUCUGACAGAUGUGACCAUUACUCUGUUCGUAUGACUUUAUGUUGAUUCACCUCACGCGACCUCUGCUGAAAAGUCCUUGACAGCCUGUUAGCCUAGCUCAGUGCAGCAAUCAGAGCUGAUUUUAGACACACGUGUUAAUCAAUAAACAAGAAACUGUAAGCAAUAAACAGUAAAUAAUAAACAGUAAACAGUGGUGUUUAUACUGACUGAGAGCUCUGACAGCUUUCGCAGCUAACAGCCAACAUCAGGGUUAGCUUAGGUCAAGAACUCAAAUACCGGUAAGACACACACACAUACAGACACACAGAAGGUUAAUGUGAUGUUAGACUGCAUUCAGUUCAAUCAGUUUAGACACUGUUGUUAUUAAUACACAUAACAGGUGAUUAAAUCAGAGUUGUGUGUGUGUGUUUUCAGCUCAGAGACGUGAUGGCUGCUUUGCGUAUGCUGUACUCUGUGAGCAGACCAGGUAAACACAGACCACAGACCACACACAACUGACUAUAACAAUCAAACACACACACACACACACACACACACACACACACACACACACACACACACACACACACACACACACACACACUAUCAAUCCAUUCACACUUAAUUUGUAAAGCUUUUCUCAUUACUGUUAUUGAUCAGCUUUAUUCAUACAGGCUCUCUCUUUGAGAUGCAGGGUCUCAUUUUUAGGCAAGACCUGUCUUGAAUAAAUGUAACUGUUUCAAUGACCUUAAAGGGAUAUUUCGGCGUAAAAUUAAGUUAAGGUCAAACACAUUGUAACACUGAGUUAGACACCCCCUCCAGAACUGUUCUGAUAAUUAUUUGUGGCUAUAGAGUGGCUUUUUGGUUGAGCGUGUGGCUCUCUGUAUUGCUAUCUGCAGUCGUUUCUAAAGUUGGUAUAACUAGAAAAGCAUGCGGUUGGCAACAUUCAACUCGGUGUUACGGUGUGUUUGACCCUAACUUAAUUUUAUGCCGGAAUAUGCCCUUUAAAGUCAUUCUGAAAGAUACUGGGAGCAGAUACAGAGACUUUGAAAUGGUGAACUCUCAGUUUAAAAAUGAAUUAUUACUUAUUCUUCUAUAAAUAGUAGAUUGACAGACAAUCCCUUCGGGGAUAAAUCAAGUUCUUCUUCAAAACAUCAUGACACAUUAGACACAUAAACUAAUACCAUAAAUGACAUGAAACACACACACACAUUGUAUACAAACACAGAUUAGUGUUCUUCUAAGGUGUGUGUCUUUCUACCAAGUGUCAUACUUUGUUUUUACUUUGUUUUCAGGGUCUUUAGGGGUCACUCCGAUUCUGCUCAGGUCCUUCAGUGUGUCCUCACAGAGAGCAGGAUUCAGUGAGUAGCAUGCAUGCUCACACACACACACGCACGUGAACAUUUAUCAGGCUUAAAUCUCUCUAAGUUCCUCCUGUCAUGUUGCUAUGCGUUUCUGUGUUUGUGUGUAGAGUAUGUGAACGCUCAGGAGGUUUCCACAGACAUGAAGUCCAUCACAGACCGAGCUGCUCAGACUCUGCUGUGGACGGAGCUCUUCAGAGGUCAGAAAACACACACACACACACACACACACACACACACACACACACACACACACACACACACACACACACACACACACACUGAUAUACUGAUGUUGUGUUGAUGAAGAUGAACCUCAUAAAAAACAUCAUUCAAUGGUUGUUGUUUUUGGCAUUAUCUUUGUGUUAUUGUUGUUCUUGAUGUUGAUGUAAUUAUAAUUGUGUUACCUUUGUAUUGUUGCGAUCAGGUCUUGGUAUGACGAUGAGUUACCUGUUUAGAGAGCCCGCCACUAUUAACUACCCAUUUGAGAAAGGACCACUGUCACCUCGCUUCAGAGGAGAACAUGCUCUGCGCAGGUCGGAAACACAGACACAUAGACACGCAAACAGAUAGACACUGGAUUUGUGUAAGUCACCUGUAACAUUGUUUGUGAUGAUGUCACAUCAGGUAUCCUUCAGGUGAGGAGCGCUGCAUCGCCUGCAAGCUAUGUGAAGCUAUCUGUCCUGCACAGGUAUAAACACACACACACACAUGCACAAACACAAACACAGGUCUGAAUUUGUCUAAGUUUGCCUGUCUGAUGAGUUGUCUGUAUAAAGUUAGGGUGAGUAAAAGUCUGCUGCAGGCAGAGUAACACAAGUGUGUUGUACCUGUAGAAUAAUUUGCUUUCUGAGGGUCCAGCUAAGCUCUGAAAUGUCCCCAAACAGAACUUGGACUAUAACAUACAGCAAUAUUUGGAUCACAGUUUAAGUGAUGAGAACAAGGUGGUGGACCAAACCACUGUACAGAGGCUGAUGGUCCAGUGUUUUUAUUCCUGACCCAGUUUUUACCUACUCAGAGGGUCAUGUCUGUCAGCAACCUUUUUAAAAGCGUCACUCAAAAAAUACACUCAAUCAUUAAAUAAUAUAACCUGCCCCUGUUUGCGUGUGUGUUCAGGCCAUCACUAUAGAAGCAGAGACUCGGGCAGAUGGCAGCAGGAGGACAACUCGUUAUGACAUCGACAUGACCAAAUGCAUCUACUGCGGCUUCUGUCAGGAGGCAUGUCCUGUGGAUGCCAUCGUGGAGGUGAGUGUGUGUGUGUGCUAUUGAGCUGUUUCCUCCGAGGAUAAUAAUCUGACAGUAAACAGGAUCAGGUUUGGUUCCUGAGUGAAACAGAACAUCAUCUCAGACACAGUGCCCCUUCUGCAUGAGAGGACAGAUGUGUCCUCCCUCUGUCCUCUAAAGCAGUGGUUCUCAAGUCCAGUCCUCGAGGCCCACUGUCCUGCAUGUUUCGGAUCUUUCCCUGCUCCAACACACCUGAUUCAAAUGAUCAGCUCGUUAUCAAGCUCUCUAACGAGCUGAUCAUUUGAAUCAGGUGUGUUGGAGCAGGGAAACAUCUGAAACAUGCAGGACAGUGGGCCUUGAGGACUGGACUUGAGAACCACUGCUCUAGCGCAUAACUAAUUGAACCAUUUUUUGCCUGACUGUAACUGAGUCUGCUACACCCUCAAACAUGUAAAAGUGUUAACAGGUAGAGAAACCUGCAGGUAAUUUUAAGAUCAGGCUAAUUUUAGUCUAAAUCUAGUAAAUUAUUCCAGCACCUGAUAAUUUGUACAGCAGAGAGUUAAACUCAAAACAAGUGUCUCAGAUAUCUGAUGAGCUGUGAGAAUAUUCACUUAUUUGAUUUAUUUUACUCAUCUUUUUCAGUUUUUAACUAAUCAAUAAUAUUCGAUUCCUCUCUUUCUCUUUGUCCCUUUUGUCCCCUCUACCUGUUUUUAUUUCUGUCUCUUUGUCUCCUUGUAUCUGUCUUUUUGUUUCAUUUUCUCUUUUGUGUCUCCAUUCAAAUUCAAUUAUUUCUGCCUCUCUAUUUGUCUCUCUGGUUGUUUUUUCUCUUUAUCUUUCUGUAUUUCUGUCUUUCAAUCUCUGUAUUUCCUUGUCUCUUUGUCUCCAUAUGUUUCGCUUUGUCUCUUUGUAAUACUGUCUUUUUGUCUCUUUGUCUCCUAGGGUCCUAACUUCGAGUUUUCCACAGAGACACAUGAAGAGUUGCUCUAUAACAAAGAGAAGUUGCUCAACAACGGAGACAAGUGGGAGGCAGAGAUCGCUGCUAACAUACAGGCUGAUUACCUGUACCGAUAA